ACGCGAGUGAGGGCGAAACCCUAGCUGGCCGCGCCCUCGUAUAUAAGCGCGCACCCCUUCGCUCUCCGACCCUUUGAGCUUUCGGCGGCGGCGGCGCACUCCUCGUGUUCUCACCCAGGCGCGCACUCCUCCUCCUCGCCGUCGUCGUCGCGGAUCCACCGCCGCUUCCGCAGCCAUGGUGAACGUUCCGAAGACGAAGAAGACCUACUGCAAGAACAAGGAGUGCAAGAAGCACACCCUCCACAAGGUUACCCAGUACAAGAAAGGCAAGGAUAGCCUUUCUGCUCAGGGGAAGCGUCGUUAUGACCGCAAGCAGUCUGGAUAUGGUGGCCAGACAAAGCCUGUUUUCCACAAGAAGGCCAAGACAACAAAGAAGAUUGUGCUGAAGUUGCAGUGCCAGAGCUGCAAGCAUUACUCACAACGCGCUAUCAAGAGGUGCAAGCACUUUGAAAUCGGUGGAGACAAGAAGGGCAAGGGAACAUCUCUCUUCUAAGCUGAUGGUAUCCUGUUAUGUUUAGAAUGUUGUGCCAGAACUUCCCACAAGAAGAAUGUAUUAUCUUUAAUUUUCUGGUUAUAACCCUAUGGGCUAUGGAGCAUAUGUUUUGCUAUUGUGUCAACUACUUUCUCCAGAUCUAAUCGACAAGUAAAAUGUUGUUUA